ACGAACCAAAUUGGUUACGUGUUUAUCUGGUAACGAAACAAACGAGCAAUUAUUUGAUGGUCUCCGUCAGCUCCGCCAUUACUAAUUCCCUGCAGGAAUACAGAUAUUCGGCAAUAGACUCUAAGUACUAUCAGCGAAAGUCUUAAAGUAUAUCCGUCUCUUAAUUCACGUCGACAACGUAAUGGAGGCGUUUCAUCGCGGAAUGUGAAGACAUCCAUCUGAUGCUCGAUAAAGGAUUAGGUCAUCCCUCCCGUUGCCGAGGAUCCCGUUUCCGUGAAGGUUUCGACGGUGACUCAAAUUCAUGUGAGAGAAGAGAAUCGAGGAUUACGUCCGUGAUAAAAAUUACUCUCGCAUACGCAAUGCCAGUGAACGAACCGGAUGCGGAAAUUUUCGAAAGGGAUCAAUCACAGUAUCAGGUUGUUAAUGGCGCACGUCACGAAGAAAAUGACAGAAUGUUAGCAAAGCAGGAAGUAAUCAACGAGAACGGUAAAUCCUGGAUAUCGCCGAAUUCUGUUGGUACUCGAGGGAUUAGCCCAUCAAGAACAAAGGAAUUACCGGAGUUAUCUCGAACGACAUCGAGGACGGAAGCCGUUAGGCAAGAUGUCAGGAGGUUGAAGAGCGCCACGUUGGAUAGAAUGGGGAAGAUGUUUAAAGCGCGUACGCCUGCUGCAGGAAGGUCUUUUUUAGGUUUGAAUACUAAUAUAACAAGCGUAGAUAACGAAAAAACAUCGAGAAAUGAAAAAACAAACUCUUUGGGGAGGAUGUUUAAACUUGUCGACAAAGACGGUUCGCCCAGGAAGCUUUUUGUUCAUUCCCGAGCCGUAUCGCUGAGUCGUAUACUACGUAGGAAUCCUCAUAAUGAGAACAAUGGAAUUAUCGAUAAACCUGCGGAGGACACCGGACGUGGAAUUCUCUCUAGAAUGUUCAACCAACUGAGAGGUCGUUCUGUGAGCGGAACUACCACUAAGCCUGAUGAACACAAGCAUCCACACAACAAACUUGAUUCUUCAUUAGAAUUGUCAUCAGAAAUGCCAUUAAAUUCGAAGACUACUAAUAUUAUGUAGGCAUUAUUAGUGUCUAAAGAAUCCGACUAGAUGUCGUUUCUUGGGAGACAUUUGUAUUAAUCUUGACUUUAUUGUAAUAAAAUUUAUUUUUAAUUA